CACGCUCCCUUGGUACAUAAUGUAUAUGUAUGUCUAUGAAUAUAUGUCUAUGUACGUACACAACACUUUCUAGCGAAUAAGUGUUGCUGAGAGGGGAUCGUCCCUCUUCUCUCUAUCAACGUUUGUCGUUGUCGCCGUGUCCUCCGCCUUGUUGUUUGGGUUGACCGGCCUUCAUUGAUUAUUUUUUCGUCUUUGUGUCGACAAGGCGCCAGAUCGUUCGUCCGUUCUGCACACACAUAUACGUACAUACGUACGUACGUACGUACCUACAGUACAACGCAUAUCAUUGUAAGCGUCAUAGUUUUCUGCACAACGCUGCUCUCCGUUCAAGUACUAAUCUUUUUGACUCAUCUCUACAUCUUUUAUUUUCAACUGAUUUGUUAAAAAAAAAAAGAAAAGAAAGGAAAAAGAAAAAGAAAAAGAAAAAGAAAAGAAAAAACAUCAACAAGCCAUACCCACGUAUUCUCAGUCGAAUAUACACACGCAAAUACAAACACACAUAUAUAUAUUUACACUCACACACAUCUGUGUGUAUCUAUCUAUCUAUCUAUCUAUAUACAGUUGAAGCUGUUUAUUGUGAUCACUUUGAAAAAGGUGAUAACAACAACCGGCUGAUAACAUAAAGAGAGUUUAUUAAGAACAUCAUCCUGAGCUUGUUUGGGACCCACUAAUUUUGAUAACAAUAGCUGCUUGAUAACAUUGUCCGUGAUUAUAAUAAGCGACUUUCACUACACACAUCUAUACAUACAUACAUACAUACAUACAUAUAUAUAUAUAUAUAUAUACACAUAUAUAUAUAUAUAUAUAUUUAUAAUUAUCAAGAACAGAACGCGCUGCGGCUUGCCUUCUUUUUUACACGCACACAUACACACACAAACAGUCACUCACACACACAUAUAUAUAUAUAUAUAUGUAUAUAUACACACACACACCCACACACAUGUACAGUUGUUAUGCUUUCUUUGUUUAUUGCGGGUGGGAUGAAUACUGAUUUCUUUCCAAGAGACUAUUCUUUCACCAAAACCUUCGCUAUUUAAAUAUUUCAUGUGAGUCAUACGGACUUGGAUAUGAUGUUAUCUCUCAUGUUCAAAAGUAUACAGCUUUUGAACUUUUAGCCUACUGUAUAUAUGCAUGGAAGGUGUAUAAAUAUUCCUGAAAGACUUCCUGAAAGUGAUAGGCUUUAUUACACAUAACCAUGCCCAGUGCCUAGUAUCAAAAGGAAAGUUAUCAGAAUGAUGGACAUAGAGUCUCCCACUUAUAUGCGAAACCCUACACCCCUCCAAAGCCAACAAACACCUAGAACAAUGGUUAUAGAAGCACAGUCUCCUACUCUUCCAACCCGACCUUUGACCAUAGAGCCUCCCCGAACCCUCUCUAUGGAUUCUCCCAAUAGUAGACAGCUGACAGUUGAUCCACCACUUACCCCACAAUCUCUAACUCCUUCUGCACGGCCAGUCACUCUUGAAUCUCAGACACAGCCGAUUCUCAUGAGACCAAUGCCACUAGCACAAACACCAUCACCCCCUGCCCCCACCGGAUCUCCUGUUGUCGAGCCCCUCAAUCUACAUGACCCCAGACCCAUCACUCCAGAAGCUUCACCCCCAGAUAAUUCAUCUAGUCAAUGUGUACCUGAUGAUAUAGCUAUGGAUUCUCCACUUGAUUUGCCCCAGCAACUGCAGCAGCAAUCACUAUUAGGUGAGAACAAUGGCCACAAUGGAAGUUUAACCACACCACCUGUACUUGAAAUGCCAUCUUCAGAUGUACUUUCUGAACAACACCCUAUAGAGAAUGGUUCGUCUUCAUUGUCUGUUCCAAGUCCAAUCUCUGCUGAAGAUGACAUUGAAAUGAAGAACAGUCCCAGUGCUCUUGGCCAAUCCUCUGAUAAACAUAAAUCUCGACGAAAGCGAUCUUUGGAGGACAUCAUUAGUAAGAUUAGAGACAGUAGUUACACUGGUAAAGAGAAUGAAGACAUUUUGCACCAUGUCAAAGAAGGGCGCUUUUUCCUUGAUGAAGGAGAUGACCUGAUGCAGCAUAUCAAGGAAAACAGUAGCCUGUGCAGUGAAGAAAGCGAAGAAGAACAUGUCAGCGAUUCAUUAAUGACUGACAAAAAAAUUGUUGAGGAAGAAGACAAUAAAUCACUGGCUGAUGACAGCAGACAGAUGAUUCCUAUGUCCACAUCUUUCCCAGAGAAGAAAGACCUUGACCUACAUGCCCCAUUGAACAUUCCAGAACACAAAAAAUUCACUCACAAUGCACUUGAUCUCUUGGCUUCCAACAGUGGUGAUACUGCUUUUCCACACCCUGCUUUGAUGACUUCCAAGUUGAAUGGGUGGCUUCAUUCCCCUUUCAAUGGUCUUGGUCCACUUCCUUUCCCAACCCAUCCCGUAGACCAUACCUUGGCAGCUCGAUACCUCCCAGUCUUUGCUAACAAAUUCACUAGUCCGCCUGAAGGAGGAGAAAAGGACUAUCUUAAAUGUCAGUAUUGUGAAAGAACAUUCCGUCGACAAAAAAACUUGGAGAACCACGUUGAAAACACGCAUCAUGGAAAGGGACCGAACAACAAGCGUAAAUCUGGAGACUCUGUGCAAGGGGAUAUGUACUUUAAAUGCACACAUUGUCCUUACACAACCAAACAUCAGAGCAACCUUUAUGUCCAUCUGCGGAUUCACACGGGAAAAUUGCAAGCUUCUCUCCUGACCAAGAAUCUGGCUCGUCUUUCAUGUGAGCGUCCCUAUAUCUGUGGUGCUUGUGGAGUACAGUACAGCCAGAGCCAUAGCUUGAAAAGCCACAUUACUAAUAAGCAUGAGGGCAGAAUGGGUUACUACAUCAAAGAGAAACGGCACAGAGCUCACAGGGGGAUAGGUUAUAUGACUGCUUCAGUCCCGGGUACUGAUAUGCCCCUAUUCAAGAUACCACCAACUUCAGCUGUUCUCAGUGCGAGUUUAACAGCUGGCCUUGACCUAUCAAGUAAAUUUUCUGAGCCUCUUAAGGCUUCGUUUCUUGAUAAUACUCUAAACCAACUAAAAUCUAGUCCACAGCAACAUAGUAUCCUGAACGGCCACUCUUCACCCCACUGCGCUGAUCUCCUGCAGAAUCAUUGCCCACCGGGUCCUGGAUUUCCGCCAGCACACCAUCACGGGCCUCUUCAGUACCAGGCUUCAAGGGGAACUGUGAAGAUGGAACCUUUAGAUAACGGCUCCAACCAAGCCAUGGAUCUUAGCAUACGGUCUUCACGUAUUGGACAUGGUCAUGCUAAUGGCCACAACCAGCAGUGUUCUGAUGUAAAUGGUCUCGAUGACUGUAAACAUGCUGAAAAAUUAAAAACACUUCGUGGCAAUGUAGUCCGUAUGCUGGCAAUUCUGGUUCCGAACUUGGAUUUUGAAGAGAAGGGGAUAAGUGCAGAGGGAGAUUCUGUGGACGAACUUCUCCAGGAUGUCAUUGAAAGCAACUCCCCAGAAGAAGAACUUCCAGAGUAGUUAAAAUUUACCAGAACAUGUAAUGAGGAAGUAGAGAAAAUAAAAUGAGAAAGGAACACAGGAAAAAAAAAAAAAAGAAGCAAUUGAAUGUACCAAAAGGAAAAUAUCAAUGUGGGUGGGUGGGAAUUUAUUUAUUUAUUUAUUUAUGAGAAAUGUCUCUGGUAAAUCCAAAGAAAGCUAAUAUUAUUGUCUUUUAAGCCCAUAUCUUUGAAUGUUUCUCUCCCUCCUCUUCCCUCUCUCCUUUCUGGUUUAUUAUUUUUUUAAAUUGUUUCUCUUUAUGUAACAUGCAUACAUACACAAACACACACAUAUGUGCAUGUGUGUACAUGUACACUUAUGUAUAAGUAUACGUAAAUAUGUUGCUAUGUGUUAUAUAUAUAUAUAUAAUGUAUGUAUAUGUAUAUAUACAUACAUUUCUACAUACAUACACACACACAUACACAUAUAUAUUUAUGCGUGAGUAUAUUUGUUUCUUCACAUAGAUAUAUAUGAUGUAUGUUAGAAUGAGACUGAGUGUAUGUAUAUGUGUGUAUGUGUGUGUUUGUAUGUGUGUAUGUAUACAUAUACACACACACACACACGCACACAUCAAUUACAUGCAAGUGGUAAAUUGCAAUAUCAGUCUAAAAGGGAGAGAACUCUUUCUGACAUAACAUUUUUCAUUGUUUUAUGGGUUCCUUUUCUUAAUUUUCCUCCUCCAUAAGCUGAGAUUGCCUAGCACAGGGUCUAAAAGUGCAAUAAGACAUGUGCAAAUUUACAUAUCACAUCAUGAAAAUUUCAUUUAAAUAUCAUAGCCAUAACAUCCAAAUCAAAAUUUUUUCUUGUCAUUCCAAAUCCCGGUUUGCUCUAGCAAAAUAUUGUGGAAAUAAUAAUAAAUAUAUAUAUAUUAUAUAUGUGCAGAAAAAGCAAGAAGUCUAAGUAAAAAUAUAAUGAAUAAGAAAGUUGAAAAAUUUUUAAAAAAAGGCUUCAUAAAGUGAAAAUUAAAUAAUUCAAAAAGAAAAAGGAAGAAUAAGAAGAAUUAAAAACAAUGACUCCCCAACUUGGCAUCACUUUACACCAUUCUGUUUUGGGAAUGGAAACAAGUAUUUUGUUUAAGUACUUUUUUGCUGGCUUAAUUUUUUUUUUUAUAUUGAAUGACAAAAAACAAAAAAGAAAAAAAACCUUACUUUGAAAAAGAAGAAAAACACAAAACACCAACAACAUGCUUUUUCAUUCUCGCCAUUCUUGAGUGUUGAUCUAUAUUGCUAGUCAUUUGCAUUCCAAAUCUGAUUGUGUUCAUUCAUAUUUUCUCCCAUAAUGCUUUGUUAUUUUUUGUUCAUGCAAUAUUUUCUCAGUCAAUUGAUGAAAAAGAAAAAAGAGAAGAAAUUCAUUAAGCAUUUCCCCCCUCUUUUUAUUCUCUUUUCCUAUUUUAUUUUUUGAAGUAUAUUUUACUUAUAUAAAGAUUCCAGCUGCUUCUUUUUUUUAUGAGAUGUUGUCAGCAGCUGUGUUUAUAUUUUCCAUCCAAUUGCUUAAGAAAAAUAAAUGUAAAAGUUAAUAUUAGAAAAAGAUCCUCUGUUAAGUCCAGUUAAAUAUAAAUUACUGCUCAAGACUAAAAUCAUAGCAUUUAAACAUUUCUAUUUCUAUAGCUUUUUAAAAGUCAUAAAGUAAUCUAACAUUUUUUUUGUUUU